AUGAACCUGGUUACUGUGGAUCAAAGAAUAGAUGUGGCAGAAGAAGGAUGGGAAGGAGUGAAAUCAGUUGUAACUGAUUUGCAGCAACUGAUGAACAAUCAGUGUUCUCUACUUGUGGAGAAGAUGACUGAGAUGGCCAGUGAAAACGAGAGGGUUUGUUCCAUUUUUUCAGAGAAAAUAGGUAAAGACAACAACUAUAGACUACCGUCGUCGCCGCCGCCGCCUAAAAAAAGGAAUAGAGAAACGGUUCUUAAGGAAGGAGGGACUAAACAGAGAUUUCACAAACGUGAAAUGUUCUUGUUUGAUGGAACUAGCACGGAGGGGUGGAUUUUUGAUGUGGAAAGGUCACUCUUCUCGUAUGAGGAUAAAGAAACGAUGAAAGCUGUUUUCAAAUCUUCCAACGACACAACGGAACAGAUUUUGACGAAUUCUCAGUUUGGAUCCCUAGUAGAUUCCGACCAUGACAGCAGCAAGAGUGCAAUUCCAAUCCCAGAAGGUUCCAAGCUACCUUCCGAAGAGCUGGAGAUGCCCUUGAUCGAUGUCAGUCCGAUGACUGGAUCCUUGAGGCUGAAUGGUAUUUUUCUUUUAAACCGAUUGAGAGAAGAAUACAAGUUUGAUGAUGCACUGAUGGCUCUUCAAGGCGACGCCCUACUGUGGUAUGAAUGGGAGCAUAGGAGGGGACCCAUUAGAGAUUAUGAAGAGAUGAAGAGUUUGAUUCGUCGUAAGUUCAGACCACCCUCGUUACCACUGCCGCCAUCCCCGGAAAUUGAAGCAAGGAACAAGGGAAAGAUGGACUCGAUUUUUAACUAG